AUGGUACAACUUGGAGUGGCAAACGCCGCCAACGCCUCCAACGCCGGCGGUGUAGUAACCGUUUGUGCGAGUGCACAGAUCGCCAAGAACAACAACAACAACAACAACAACAGCAGCAGCUCGGGCAGCAGCAACAACAACAAUAACAACAACAGCGACACCGAUAAUAACGGUAGCAGCAGUGGUGACAACGGCGCUGGUGGCGCUAAUGUUUGUAGUGGUGGCGAUACUCACAAUAAUAGUAGUAUUAGCAGCAGUUGUGGUAGUAGUAGUAGUGGUAGUCAUUGUGCUGCUGCUGCUGCUGCUGGUAUAGGCCACAGCAGCCCUGGGGUCGCAAGUAACAGCAACGUUUCCACUGGCCAUGCGAUUGUUGGAGGUGCAGGCUGUGCCAGCGGUGUCGGACAAACCGGAAGUGCAGGGGGUGCUCUGAACCCUUUGAACCGGGCGGAUGCGGUUCGGCGACAAUCGAUUGAAGUCGUUCAGCUAGCCAAAUCCGAUGUCGAGGAGCUACAUGCUAAACUCAAGAGUCUACAAGAGGUGCUAACGAAAGGCGAACGCGAAAAGAUGCAGUUAGAAGCGCAAAUUGGUGCGCUCAAAGCUCAGGCCGCUUUGAAACAAACGCAGGGUGACGAUACUAUCCCGGCAAAUGACGAUCCUGAUCAACUGCUUGACGCCCUUUUAGCCUUAAUUCAGCAGGAGAAAGAUGUUGAGAGUAAAAGCAGAGAUAAGCACGAAAAUGAGGAUCAGGAGGUGAAUAACAUUCCAGAGCAGUCUUAUGGGUCCGUAGACUUGCAAGCUGAUUCAUUGGAUGUGAGACCCUGCCAUCGAGGUGUGGUACUUAGGUCUCAGCCAGGAUUUGCUAAUAAACUUGCCUUACUCGUUGCGUUGUGCUCGCCUUCACAGCUCACAACAACCACGUCGUCAUCGACGACUGCAACCGCAGCGACCAGUACGGCGUGCAGUAAAAAGCACGAUCGAGCAGAUCCGUCAAGUAUAAACGGAUUACUAAAUGCGGAUGAAAGUGAUACGACAAUGGCUGUUGCCAACAGCGCUACAACAGUGGCAAAUAUGAAUGUCACAACAAACAACAACAGCAACAACAACAACAACAACAACGAUGUCGAAGGUCAUUUGGUGGUGAAUACAGCCAGCUCAUCGGUUGAACAGUGUUCGGCAAUUACGGACCGCUUUCAGGAAAAAAUUAAUAAACAACAGGAAACAAUAGAACGCUUAAACAAUGCCCUUGAGGAGGUGGAAUUGAUUUUAGAGGAAAGUCAUGCGAAAAAUGCAACGCUGCAGGAAAAGUUAGCGCGACAGGAACAAGAGCUCGUUCUUUUGCGAGACACCCGGGGAAAUAAAGAACUAACAAUGGAAACAACGGGAACACAACAAGAAACAGAUAUCGAGAUGAACGAAAACACGGUACAGGAUCUACAAACGGCUGAUGGAAGAAGCACGUUGCUUGAUCGCGAUCCGACUAAAGAGCCUUCGUCUUCAACAGAUGUAACAACAUCGUCUUCCAGUGGAGAGACUUUUACCUCAACGGAGGAGAUGGUCAUGCGAUUGCGGGCCGAAUUGGAGAGUGUACGGAAGGAAGGGGCUGCGACCGCGCGCCGUGAGGCUGACCUGACUGACCGUUGUGCCGACUUCACUCACCAGAUCGAGAAUUUAACUUCUCAGCUGACCGAGCUGACGUCACAAGCUGGAAGCGGGGGAAUUUCCGGUGCAGCAGGAGCAGGCGCUAAACUAGAAGAGUUACAAAGGGAGAAUCAGAAUUUAAUGCUUGAAUUGAGUGAAGUAAAGCACGCUCUGAAUCGGCUUUCCGGCGAGAAUGAGCGCCUCAAGGUCACGGUUGCUUCGGUUCGCAGCAAAGAAGAGCGCGUUACGGAAGAGCAACAACGCCAGGCAAAUUAUCAAGCGGCGGCUAUCGGUGUCGCGCAGGCCGCCAAGUCCAAAGCGGAAGCCGAAGCCGAUGGCCUUCGCCGUGAUCUUGAACAGGUCAAAACAGAGGCAGCUCAAGCGACACAGGAGCUUGAGGAAAAAACACGUAAGGUUGAUGAAGAUAAGAAACGCUUUGAAGACGAAGCAGCAUCAAAGCAAGCAGAGCUCAGCCUUGAGCAGAAGAAAGUUACUGAAAUGAAAAAUCAGCUAGACAAGUUACAGCAGACAUUACAAAUCGAUGCCGAUGAACUCAAACGUGAACAAGGGUUACUACAGCAGGACCGCGAAAAACUCGACGAGGAUUGCCUAACGUUGCAACAGGAACGACUAUCGUUUGCUGAAGAAAAGGCCAAAAGUCAAGACGUUAUAGCCGCCGCUAAAGCGAACGAAUCUGAGCUUCGUGAACGCUGUAACGAGUUGACCGAGCGGUUCGAUGAAGCGUCGGCGAAAUUAGCCGAAAUGAAUAACGAAAUAAAUAAACGAAAUAGUGAACUCGAAGGAGCCUUUCGAAAGCUGCGUGAGUUGGAGACAACUCGACAGGAAACAGAAAAAUGCUCCCGUGAACUAUCGGUCAAAAUGGAGGAAAUGGAAGCUGAAAUCGCCAGACUAAAAAAUCAACGGAGUAUGGAACCUCCUUCACUUGAGGUUGAAAUGCUUCUCGAAGAACUGAGGUCAGAUCUCGCCAGAAGCCGUUCGGCUCUUGAUGAGCGGACCCGUGAACUUACGUUAAGCAAAGAGCGUAUUACAGAGCUCGAAACACAGGCUACGGAAACGGAUGCGGUACUUAAAGCUGAAAGGGAGCGAGUACUGGAACGACAAGCUGAAGCCGAGGCCUUGCGAAGCCAAUUGUCGGCGCAGGCGGGGCAGUUUGAUGAGACGAAGGGCAAGCUCGAGGGUGUGACAGGCCAAAUAAAGGAACUCGAAGAACAGCUUCAAACAGCUAAUGUAAACGCACGAAAAGCGGACGAGCGUGCUGACUCACUGAAUGCGCAGCUUGAGCUUCUUAAAGUGAAACUUAAAGAGUCGCAGAAAAAUGCUGACAACCAGACAGCAGAACUGACUGAAUUUGAAAAAAGGAUCGAACAGGCAACAUCUGAAUUAGCGAUCCGCUCCAAAGAAAUCGAAUCGUUGCAAGCCGAGGUGCAAAAUGAGAAAGCCCGAGCGGACGAGAGCAAUAAAGAACUGAUUGAUAUCCGACGCGAGCUUGAGAAAAAUUCUGCCAGUCAACAGGCAAAUAGUUCCCUACAGGAGAAGCUGUCACAUGUCACGGAGCGCCUUUCUGCCACCGAGGCUCGAGCGAGUACUGCCGAGGCAGCACAAGAAGAAACGCGUGCAAAACUUCAUCACGCCACGGAAGAAAAUAGCCGUAUCAUGCAGGAACUUAAAGCGAUGGAAGAGGAAAAGACAUCUCUGCACGUUGAUCUGGUUAAGUGUCGACAACAGUUAUGUGAAAUGACACAUAUGAAAUCCUCAUUGGAAAAAGUGCGGGCAGAAAACUCAGAAUUACGUUCGGGCUGUGAAAUCGCACGAGCUGAAGUAGAGCGUAUGCGUUCUGAAGUAGCUGAACAGCGUUCAGUCAAUGAGCGACUGUCCACAGAGUUAGGAAAGAUUCGACAGGAAGCUGCAACGACUACGGCAGCUGCCUCGCGCGAUAAAGAGGCGUUGAUGUCGGAAAUUGCGGCACUCAGCGAGAAACACCUCAAGGUCAAUUCUGAACUCGAGAGCGCACGCACUGAACGCACUUCGAAGGCUGAAUUGGCGGCGCAAUUGGGAACGCAGUUAGCGUCUCUCCUAACGAAAACCAAAGAAUCGGCUAUCGAGAGGGAGAAUCAGGAGCGGCAGAUGACGGCGAUAAGAAAUGAGUUGGCAGGUAAAUUGGCACAGACCGAAAAACUGACAAAGGAUCUGCGCACGGCUAUGGCGCACACAGAUAAUUUAAAGAAGCAAGUGUCCAAGCUCCUGUUGGCAGUCGCCGAAAAAGAGAAACACCUGGCGGCUCUGCACAGCGAUAAUCAAAAGCUGCGCGGCGAAAACCAGGCGUACGGUGACAAGCUAGCGGGACAGGACGCGCUUAUUAAUCGCAUCGCCCAACUUGAACAGGAUAUUGCCAGCCGUAAUGUGACAAUUUCGAAGGUCUGCGCCGAACGUGAAGAUGGCGUUCGUCAGCUCGAGCAACUGCGAGCUCGACACGCGUCUCUGCUUCGGGAGGUCCAGGAAAGUCGAGAUGCUCGCGAAGCCGAGUCUCAGGCGGCCGCACGACACGCAAUUGAACAGGCGAACCUAACCGACAAGCUGGCCAAAGCUGGUGAGGAGCUCGACCAGAUGAAGAAACGCCACGACAUCGCACUCAGCGAACGCACCAUCGCCGAGAGCAGAUGCCGCUCGACGCUGAACCUGUCUCGAAAGCUGGAGAAAGAAGUUGUGACGCUACAAAAAGAUAAAGAACGGGUCGCUAAUGAACUGACAGAAGUCCAGCAGCACGUCACCUACCUUGAGAACGAGCGCACUGAACUGCUCAAAUCGUUCAAAGACCUACCCGAAAAAAUGCAGAAAUUACAAACAGAGAACGGUCUAUUAAGAAACGAGGUGGAAAAAUUGCGGGACCGGGAACACGCAUGGGCACCAUUGGUCCAGGCCGGUCUCGCCAGAGGCCGAAAACAAGCAAAUGCCGGUGCCGCUCAGGUGGCAGCAGUCGCAGCGACAAUCUCUGCACCAACAGCAGCAACAACGACAAGGUCAUCUGACGCCUUAGUUGCCCCAUCUGUCAGCUCGGCACCGCAACCGAAAAAAAAAACAAUCUUCGCUCGGUUAAAAGAUGGCACCAACGAAAGGGCGGCAGCAUGUGACCAGUCACCUGUAAGAAGCAAGAUCGCCAUUUUUGAGGAGAAAGUCGCUGCGGGUGGUGGGAGCAAUGCACUUGUAGCACCUGCUGUGCCCGGUCCUGGUUUAGCUGCCUCUUCUGGGGGCUCGGCAGCAGCAGCGAGUCCGACGGGAGGCUUAGGUGGACGGAGACGAGGUAUGCGACGCAGUGCCACCGACACCGAUUUCGGUAACGCGGCCCCCCCUCCAUCUAAACGGGGUAGCGCUGACACCAAUCGUAAGGACACGCCGUCCAUUACUUCAGACGAAAGCAGUAUUAGCACUCAGGCAACUAGUACAGGUAGCAGCCGAAAAGAGACGAAUUCAAAGAACGCUCCAGUUACUGCGACGACAACACAACCGAGCCAACAACAAUCACCACAUCUGUCUUCUACAACCCAACCUAAAGGCCGUGCGAAGAUGUCGUCGUCGACCGAGGAGGACGACGAGGAUGAGAUUGUCUUACCUGCGCCGAUGACAAGCCGGCGACGAAGUCAACAAGGAAAGACACCAACUGCCCCAAAAUCGCGAAGCUCACAGGCUCCUUCAAAUGUUAAAAACAAAAGUAAUGCUCUUACGAGCAGCGGACAAAAAAGCCGCACAGCUGGCGACAAAUCGACUGCAGGCCGGGAUACCACAUUUAUGGCGGCCAGCGUUGUUGGCAGCAGGAGUUCAAGCACUGCAAAAGCUAUUUCUGACAAAGAACAAGCCCAACAACCCAAAGGACGCAGGUCACUAGUCAAGGGCACGCCGAAGAAAACUCCAACGAGCGGUGCUGCGGCUAUAGGACGACUUGGCACUCCUGUUAUACAGGAUCAGGUUGGCGGCACCAGCGAGGGAGGCGUUGGGGGUCGAUCGCUAAGAGCCAGCACACUGGUCGUAAAGAAGGCGUCUGAUAUCGAUGCAAAACAGCGAGAGCAGUUCAAGCACAAAGGCCGACCAUCUGCAGGUGCGAUAUCAACAGAUGUAUAGACGAUGGUGUAUAGAAGCGAGAGGUGAACAAGGGUAAAAUCGCUUAAAAAAGUGUGUGAGUUUUUUGCGAAGUGCGAGCGAACGAGCGGGAAAAAUGAAAGAAAAUUCGUUGGAAUAUAUGUAUACGAAAGCAUAGAAAUAGUUAGAGGAUCUGUGUUAACGGAGUUAACGGCAAAGCCAGCCGUUAGCCAUGAUUAUAACGAUUACGGCGUUAUCCUACUGUCUACUCCUUUCCCCCGCUUUCCGUAUGCCUUAUUAUUGUACUCGUAUGUGUACCUCCUGUAUUAAACAGUCAGAUGACGAGAUAACAAAAUUGCCGUAAUUAUUAAGGCAAACCAAUCAAUAUGACUGUACAAUAUAAUCAAUAAAGGAGGCUGGAUCUAUGAGGGGUAUGGUUUGUGCAUACUAACCUAAUACGUUUUCGCCCGGUGUCGCCGUUUAAUGCCAGAUCGAUGAAUUUGCGCUAUACAAAUUGUAUCGCAUUCUCAUUACAAUAUCUUGUAAACACUAAUGAGUAGGCGAUAAAUGCAUCGCGGCUUUUCCUAUAGAGGCAAACGCCAAGGACUCAAAAAAGUCGCUUUGUUUUCGUUGGACAAAAAAUGAUUCGCUAUACUCGUUUACUGCGAUGAUUUAAUUAUAACGAAGCGAAAGGAUUGGAGUUUAUGAUAAAAGGUAGUUGUGUUUCAGCGGAGUGGUGGAAAACUGGUGUAUUGUUUGGCGUCAUCACAACCAUUGAUGACGCUUCACAUAACAGUGAACGUAUAGCGACAAAUUCUGAGUCUUUUAUUAUCCUGUUCUAAUUGAAAAGAGAAGUUUGAAAUUGUUAGAGUAGUAAUAUUAUAUUGUUACUAGAGCUAGCAGUAAGGCGCCCUGAUCGCUAGAGUAAAAGGCAUUUGGGGUCAAUGUUGCAAUCUUGCCAGAGUCUACAGUAGCCAAAAAUCGAAGUUAGUCCCAUGCCUCCAUUUUAUUUCCAUGUAUUAUCUAGCCGUUACAAGCGCUUUUCUGCCGCGGCUGCUGCUGGUCUCAAUUCUAACUUUUGCUAAACCAACGAGUUCUAUGAACGUGUUAGUCAGACUGGUGAUCACAUAAGCACAUCAGCGUUUUAAAAGAAAAAAUUAAAUUCGGUCUGUUCUUUUUUUCUAAAAUUACUUUCAUAAUUCAGUAAUCACUUCAGGUAAGAUUGUUAAAAUAUUCUGAUAUUUUUCGGCUUUUGCAAAUAGCUAGCUUAUAGCUUGAUAUCUGCAGUGCUACGUCGACGCAUCUGUAAUUAAUACCUAAUUUCUAAUUUUAGUAGUGAAAAAUCUUAGUUCUGGGUAUCCACUGUUCUAGGAGCAGUGUCGAGAAAUAAGGAGCAAAUUAAUGCCACGUUGGCAUUAAUGGCAAUGGGCGUCCGUUGAUGAAGUUCAAAACAUUAAAGCCAUGCAUCGAUGUAUUAACGCACUGUAAUGCUUCGAAAAAUGUUACCCAUAACACAUCAGUGAGCCAAUUGUUCUCAUGGUAUAAUAGUGCUAGUGCCAGUAACAGCAGUAAUGGUAGUACUAAGUGGUGGAGAUAUUACGCGGGUUAAAAAUAGCUACGCGAACUUGUACUUUGAAGAAAUGACACACAUUCGUGUCAACACAUAUAUAUAUAUAUAUAUAUAUAUAUAUAUAUAUAUAUAUAUACAUUCACACACACACACACACACAAAAAUCAUAUGUAUGAUGAAUAAAAAUCCAUAUACGUAGAUAUGUUAUUGAUAAAAUAGGUGGCACUUCUACAAAUAUUAUUACAACGAUCAUUAUCAUUACAUCUACAAUAAUAUGGUCCUGUAUAAUCAUUGAAGAACAUCUGCUGCGUGUUUAUGUGAGUAUGUUUGUGUAGGUUCACAUAUGUUUAAUGAGAACUGCUCUACGUGUAAUAUAAUGUGUAUACCUAUGUCUUUAGUAGCUUACUGCGGUGUGGUACCUUAUGUAGAAUUGUCGUGAAUCUGUCGUGUGGUGGUAUGUAUACAACUUCAAAGAUAUAGCGAAACACGUAGCUUAGAACACCAAAAGUGGCUAUAUUAUAUAUCAUAAAUAAUAGUAUAUAGCACGAAUGAACCCAUCUGCACGACAAAACAUUUGUGCUUUAGCGUUUUAGAUAGUAAUGUAUAUAUGAUUGUGUAUAUGAAAUAUAGCAGCGACGUUUAUAUAGGGUAGUAGCGGGUAUAACUAAUAUAAUAGCAGGAUCAGCAACAUUUGGGUGAUUACGACCCCAAUUAUCAGGAUAACGCAAUGGAUUUGAGUGUAUAAGCGGCAAUUUCAGAAAGAUCCAAUGAACGAAACGGAAAAUACAAAGGACAACAUUACUGAAUAAUUAUUAUUGUAUUUUGCCCUACGAAGUACGCGAACGUCGCCAAGUCCGAUAUAUAUAUAUAUAUAUAUAUAUAUAUAUAUAAAGAAAGAGAGAGAGAGAGAGAGAGAGAGAGAGACGGGAGCCAAAACACUUGCAAUGAUGAAAUACAUUACCAGUAAUAUCACUGAUUGAUCACAAUUUAUAAAUAAAACAGGGCACACAAACGGAGACCAAACAGUAGAAAUACUUCGAACAGUCGUAAAUGACAUUGUGCAGUGGGUGAACAUUUCAAUCAACGAACGCGAGAUUCACGAUUAAACUGCUGUUCAAAUAGUGCAGCCAUUGAGGUCUAUUCACCUAGCUAUCUAACUCUGCAGCCAUUGGGUGCAUUGAUUCAUGAUGACACUAAUUUUAAUCAUACCGCUAGUGUAAGCGAACAAGGCUGUCUUAGUCCAGUAGUAGAGGGGCACUCACUCACGUUUGCAACAUCGACUAGGUAACAGUAGUAUGUAUAGACAAGUGAUCUUGACGAAAUAAACAGUCAAAAAACAAAAGGCACUGUUCUGUAUGACAAAGAGCCAUAGCUACAAUACACACAUAAAACGCAGUAGCGUAAUAUAUAUAUAUAUAUAUAUAAUAUGAUGCAGAUGGAAAGUGCAGAGCACAUAAUUGAGAUAAUAUGUAACCCAAACUGAGGUUAUACGCGAGUACAUAUAAAUAGGUGUAAGAUCAACAUACACACAAACACACACAUGUGCAUAUAUAUAUAUAAAUAUAUAACACCUAUAUUUAUUUAUCAUGCACGAACGAGUGGAGCACAUAUUCCUCAUUCUGUACUCUAUUAAAAAAAAGCUAAAGGAAGGGACCCAGAAGAAGGAUGGGAACGACGAAAAACGCAGAAAAGACAUUUCUGCACUUCGUAUUAUCCUCCAAAUACAUCCUGCAGGUAAUAAGCGGCAGGGACGAAGAGAAUGUAUGGGUCAAGGGUCUACUAGAUUAUAGCAUAAAAAAAUGCGACGAUAUUAUUUAAACUGAAUAUAUGUAAUUGGAAAACCUGUUCGGUACGACCUAGUGAUACCUAGCUGCUAUGGCUCCUAAAGAUUUGUGGUCUAUCACUUCAACAAACAAAUACUGAAAAUAGUUGAUGCAAAAUGUUAAUAAAUAUUUGGUCUCGGCAGAUACAAAAACGGACUUGAUACCUGACAGGUUAAUAAAUAAACUAUAACACCAUGGAAACGGAACAAUAGAGCCUCAAUUCAGUUCAGGCCGUGGGCGUUCAGAUAACGUUCCGUGGGUAUAGGCCGUAUGAGACUGGACACCUAAUAGGCAGACUAGACUUAAGCAAUAUUUCAUGCGAAUCAUUGUAUUUUGCUUUAUCUGUAGGGUCGACGUCUGCAGUUAAUACACUGAUGUUUAGAAAUUACGUUGAUAAAUAGUUAUUGCGACAAUUACAAUGAGACCAAUUACUCAUUUGAAGCUUUUAUUCUAAUUCACCUGCCUUGCCGCCAGAACGCUAUUAUUCGAAAUUAUGCUGAUUACUACCAGUCGUAAUUUCUAUUUCACCAUCAUCGGUUUUCCUACAACAGUUUGAGGUAGACACAGAGUAAACUGUAGCUGUAAGGACAAUCACUUUUGUGAUUGCAGCGUUCCGUUAUUAAUAAUGCAACAUUUACACCCGCAAAAGGAAGAUGUCAUUGUUUGAUGUUCUUGUAAAUGUAGUGGUGGGCGUAACUAUUCUUUGUCCGUUGGCCAAUAUGAAAUGUAGCAAUGAAACUCCUAAACAUAUUUAUUGGUAAACAAAGCACUAGAGGGUUGUAGAAUAUUCCAUAAUCUCAAUUCCAAGUUUCGAGUUGUGCAUCUUGUGCCGCCGUUAGGUAUUCCAUCAGAUGGCUUCUCCCAGCACGAAACGAGGUUCGUCUACGCCCGGAUUCGACCACCACGUGUCCUUCAGGGUUAACAGGCAAAUACGUGUCCUACUACGCUAAGUCUGGGGAUACUCCUUAGUCUAGACGAUAUCGAUGUUGGGAAUUCCACAAUUAAAUAUUCAUUCAAUAUUAUGUUUUUUGCACUCGUUUUGAGGUGAAAGAUCGGGACGUGUAUUUUACUGGCAACAGCGAACAACAGAAAACCUAACCAUUAUUAUUAUCACCACUACAAUCAUAGCAAGUGUAAACUACAUCAUUCAUACAGCUUGAGAUUUGAGCACACGUGGACAACCAAUUGAAUGUUAGAGGCCGAGCACUGCGAGACUCAAACGUAGACGCUUCAUUGUUAUUAUAGAAAUUAGUUGGGAAUGAAUCGAACAGCGAGAACGUAUAAAGAGAUCGUAUUAGUAACGUAAACUAAAAAACGCUAAACGAUCUAAUGGAGAUAAGGACCGGUUGAGCAAUUACCAAUGGCUGAUAGCAUACUUCCGCCGGAAAGACAAAAAAAAAAACGACAGAAUGUGUUAGGGUUAGGGACGCUUAUAGCUCCUGCUAACAUAUAUAUAUAUAUAUAUAUAUUAUAUAUAUAUAUAUAUAUAUAUAUAUAUAAUGUAAGUUUUCUGUAUUGAUUGGAAAACGAAAAACUGUACUAUGUAUUAUUAAACCAGAAUACUGUAAUAAAUGAGUAAUAUUAACAGCAAUGGUACGAUAAAGUAAAUAAAUGCGUUCAUCAUUUAGAUACAUAAUUUCGCGUCGAACAUUAACUAAA